AUGUUACUAUUUACCCUAACCGCCAUUGCUUUGACAGCUGCUACGUUAGGAAUUGUUGUUCGAAGAUAUCCAGAAGAAAUCCAUUCAACAACCAGACCGAGAACACUUGCUGAUUCAAUUACCAUCGAUCAAAUGUCAACACACUUAGAUCAAUUACAAAGAAUUGCUAAUUCAGGUGGAGGCACGCGAGCUAUUAGCACGGCAGGAUUCAAUAACACGCUGGAUUAUAUAACAACAUAUUUAACUCAGAACACUAAUUUAUUAUUAAAAAAGCAAUAUUUUGAUGCCAGUACUAGUCGAUUAGCAAGUAAUCCUAUAUUAAUAUCCCAUAUGAAUAAUCAACAGAUCAAUUACACGUAUGAGACCAACUUUACACUAAUGACGAACUCUGGUUCGGCUAAUUUUGGAACAGGAGUUCGAGCAGCAGUCAUUCCCGAUAUUGGUUGUACCGAAGAUAAUUGGCAAGCAGCCAGUGGUACUGUAGCUCUUGUAAAACGCGGUUGUAAUUUCGUCGAUAUGGCUAACUUAGCAGCUAAAAGUGGCGUUGUUGGUUUAAUGAUUUAUAAUGAUGGUACAGAUUGUGACCGUUAUGCUCUGAUCACAGGUGCUGUUCCACCGAACACGAGCUAUCCAGCUCUCUUUUUAUCUUAUCCAGUUGGUCUGGCUCUUGCAAAUGCUGCACAAAAUACAUCGAUAAAUACAAGUGUGAUUAUUAAUGUUGCUUAUGUUAGCGCAAUAUCGGUUGGCAAUAUAUGUGCGGAUACACUGACAGGUGAUCCAACAAAAACAAUUGUCGUUGGCAGCCAUAGUGAUGGAGUGCCUGCUGGGAGUGGAAUCAAUGAUAAUGGUAGGAGAGAAAGUCUUUUCGAUCAUGUGUGA